AGUAUUCGAUUCCGGAAACAACGUCAGCCUUCUGUUUACAUCGUAGGACGUAUUCAGAUGAAUAUCGAUGUAUUGAAUCUUAUUUUUAGACACGUUUAUACAAAUAGAAACAUACCUCACAAUUUGUUUGAUCGCAAUGGGAGGUCAUGGUGUGAUGGCGAACGAGGAAUCGUUGGAUUACUCGGUGCACGAGGCGUGGAAUGAGGCCACCAAUGUCUAUUUGCUCGUCAUUCUGGUUAGCUUCGGACUGCUAAUGUAUGCUAGAAAAAAUAAGAGGAAGAUCAUGAGGAUAUUCGCUCUGCCCCCCACAGCUGGAGCCACGACCGAACCGAACUUCUAUGACAGUCUGCAGAAAGUGAGACUCCGCCAGCAGCUGGAGAUGUACUCUCUUGCGAGGAAGUUUGACCAGCAUCAACACCAAGGCCAGAGUGAGAGUGUUCAGCUCUCUAUGGAAUGAGACUACAACAACAAGGUAGCAUCAUCGUGCCUGUCUCUCCAUCCCUCAGCCUCUUUGUCUUUGCUAAGUCUCAUCAUUACUACACUCCUGAAGAGGGCAUGGGUACCAAGGAGGAAGAAGUCGAGGGUCAAGGAAGGUUUCUGUGAUUAAGACGUGUCAAGUCAAAUCGUUUGUGUUUGCACAAUUGUUGCUGUACGAUUUGAAACAAGGACUAUAAUGGAUUUGGAUAUGAAGAAUUACUGGAUGUUCCCUCUGCAACAUCUGUUUUUUGUUGUUUUUUCAUUUCUUUUGCCUUUUUUAUGUGUUUUAUUAGUCAUUUUUGUCUUUUAUUCAAUGCCUUAUUGGAUUAUGUGUGGAUUUGUCGCCCUUAGUGGUUUUAGGAGAAGUUUCAUCCAGUGUUCAAUAUACAUAAUGUACAGUGACAAUUCAAAUAAGUCUUAAACUUGUCAAAUAUAUAUAUAUUACAACAAUAACAAUUUCAUUUAGCAUAUCUAUUUAAAUGUUUGGUUGUCAAGAACUGUUUCUUUUCCCAGUUUCUGAUCCUCCUAUAGAUACCUUAUUAUGGCAUUACUGCUGGGAAAGCUUAAAAGUGUUGAGAGUUGACUUUUACCCAAUCCACUUGCUUUUUCUAAAAAGGAAAUGAAUUGCUAUUAUUACUCUGGUUCAAAAUAAAUUAAGAAACAAGGGACCAAUGAAGGACCAAGGAAUUGUAUUACUUUUUGCUUGAUUUCACCCUCUCCCUCCCUCCACUUCUUUUGUAAUAAUUCAUUUAAUAGCACAAUUCUCAGAGCAGAAAGUUAGGUCUGGUGCAUGUGUUUUUUGUAGAGCAAGAUGGGGUAGGUGUUUGGGAGGCAGUGAUUGAGGAAGGUGACAUUUUGCAUCAGGGGCCUAGCAGAAAAGUUGGGCCUCUAAUCCAUCAAAUAAAUAAAUAAAACAUGAGUCAGAGGAAAGCCGUGGCCCAGAAACACAACACAAAAGAGGCCAAACAAAUGUGUGUGGACGUCCUUCGGAGGUAGUGUAAUGGAAAAAUGAUUACUCCUCGCGGCGGCGAAAUGGCACACUGAUUAAACGCAUCAAUACAUCAACGACCGGAGCGCAGGGCCAGAUCCUUACCUAUUCUAAAUAGGGCUGUGUGUGUGUGUGCAUUGAAUCUUUGCUUAUUCAGUUUUGUCAUGUGCAUACCCCUUUGUUGUUGCUGUAACUCUGAGCAGAGACUACUUCAGGAUACUCUACUAUUGUCCCACUGUAAUUAAAAACCUGUGGACUUAUUAGUGAAAUACAAGCAGCACAGAUAAAGUAAAUGGUUAGAAAUUGGUAAUAUCCCCAACUUAAUUUAAAUUCAGAUGUAAUCUAUAUUUACAUAUACUACAUGACCAAAAGAAUGUGGACACCUGCUCAUUCCAAAAUCAUCGCCAUUAACAUGGAGUUGGUCCCCCCCCCUUUGCUGCUACAACAGCCUCCACUCUUCUGGGGAGGCUUUCCACUAGAUGUUGGAAUAUUGCUGCGUGGACUUGCUUUCAUUCAGCCACAAGGGCAUUAGUGAGGUCGGGCACUGAUGUUGGGAAAUUAGGCCCGCAUUCCCAUUCAUCCAAAAAGUGUUCUCGACAAGCCUUUUCUGUAUGGACCUAGCUUUGUGCACGCGGGGCAUUCUCAUGCUGAAACAGGAAAUGGCCUUUCCCAAACUGUUGCCACAAAGUUGGAAGCGCAGAAUCAUCUAGAAUGUCAUUGUAUGCCGUCGCAAUAAGAUUUCCCACCAAAACUAAGGGGCCUAGCCCAAAUCAAGAAAAACAGCCCAGACCAUUACUCGUCCUCCACCAAACUUUACAGUUUGCACUAUGCAUUCGGACAGGUAGCAUUCUCCUGGCAUCUGCCAAACCCAGAUUAAUCUGUCGGCCUGCCAGAUGGUGAAGCGUGAUUCAUCAUUCCAGAGAAGGUGUUUCCACUGCUCCAAAGUCCAAUGGCGGCGAGCUUUACACCUCUCCAGCAGGUGCUUAGCGUUGCGUAUGGUGAUCUUGGGCUUGUGUGAGGCUGCUCAGCCAUGGAAACCCAUUUCAUGAAUCCCGACGAACAGUUAUUGUGCUUCCAGAGGCAAUUUGGAACUUGGUAGUGAGUGUUGCAAGGACAGUCAAUUUUUAUGCGCUACCUGCUUCAGCACUCGGCAGUCCCGUUCUGUCAGCAUGUGUGGCCUACCACUUCAUGGCUAAGUCGUUCUUGCUCCUAGAUGUUUCCACUUCACAAUAACAGCACUUACAGUUGACCGGGGCAGCUCUAGCAGGCCACGAAUGUACUUGUUGGAAAGGUGGCAUCCUAUGUCGGUGCCACGUUGAAAGUCACUGAGCCAGUAAGGCCAUUCUACUGCCAAUAUUUGUCUAUGGAGAUUGAAUAGCUGUGCAUAUUUUAUACACCGGUCGGCAGCAGGUGUGCCUGAAAUAUCCGAAUCCACUCAUUUGAAGGGGUGUCCACGUACUUUUGUAUAUAUAGUGUAUUUAUAUCAACAUCGCUGUCCAUUUUAAAUGAGAAUAAGUAAGUUGACAGUCAUUGGGCAAAUAUGGGAGUAUGGUCUUGCAGUUAUUAAAUCCAUGUCCCCGCCUCACCGUUAUCAACAGAGAGAUAAUCCAUGCCCAUGAGUCAUCUGCUGUAUUAUCAUGAGCCGUAAGGUACAAAUCCCAAAUGCCACCUAGCCUAUAGUAUUAGGCUAGUACCAAAAAAAGAUUAUAUCAUGUGAACAAGUGUGUUAACGAGAUAAUGAGCCAUUGUACAUGUGCUUUUCUAAUUAAUCUGCUGAUGUAAUCAAUCAGUUUCUCAUUACCAGAGGUUUAAUAUUUAACCAGUACUAUCCCAUUGAGAAACAUUAUUCACGGCAAACAUUAAUCAAUAGCUAAUCUGGAGUUAAUUGCUUAAUUACCAAAUGGACUAAUGAGGUCGUUAGUGGGAGAGGUCUAAAUGAACCGCUCAGAAUCUUCACUUCAUUCUGAGAAUGAAAGGGUUCAAGAGGAGGAGAGUAGAGGAGUGGACUAACGAUACCAGGACCAAGGUGUUCCGUCCACACCGCUCUUUAAAACGUCACCUUAUUAAAUUCACUUCUUGCUUUUCCUCUGUGAAGGAAAGUGGGUAGGGUUUUAUCCUUGACAUUCAGCAAAGUAUGAUAGAGUGAUAGAAAAGAGAGUGGUUUACCUGCAUGUCAGUACACUUGGAGGGUAGCAUGUCACCUAGAAUGACGGUGUGUAUGUGCAUGCAUGUCAACAUAUGCAUACGUGUGUGUGUGUGUGCGCACAUACUGGGCGUUUGUGGCUAGCUAGGUGGUGGAAAAAUUAGGCACAGCUCGGUAGUUCUCAAUAUUGUUUCAUAAGGUUUAAUUAAAAAUAGUUUAUCACUGGGUUUGGGAUAACACAGCGACUCAAUCUCCCAGCAAUGAACUGUCUCCAACCAUGCAGAAAGCUAUUAAUAAACACCAGUCUGAAACAGAGCGAGAGAGAGGAGAGGGUUGAGAGAGGAGGGGGAGGAGAAAAGGAGAAGAAUUAAGGGAUAGAGAGGGUUGGGGAUGAGAAGAAGGGACCGAGAGGGAGAUGAAACCCAGCUGAUAAAUGAAUGUAAUCUCACAGUGAAAAAGUGAAGAGCCACCGUGGUUAUACAUCACCUGGAGAGGCUAAUGAAAUAUGCUAUCUGUUUCUGUUAGCCAAAGAGCCCUUCGAGGGAUUCUAGUUCAUCUCACUGAAUUCUCUGUUUCUCCCCCUCUCUCUGCAUCAUACAGCAAGUGGGAGAAUAGUUAGACUUCAAUAUUUUGCUCUCUCUCUUUCUCUCUCACCUUGCUCCUGCUUCAUCCUCCCCUCUCAUCUACUUCCUUUUAUUAACAUUUCAUAUAUGUGGAGAUGUUAUGAUUAAAGAGAAAUAGACAGCACGGUUUGGCCUAUUUUAAUCUCACCUGACACAGUCUUUAUGGUGAUGGUUAUCAUGGUAUUGCAGGACAUCAGCAUAUUAUACACGAGCUCACAUUCUUAUUCCACCUCCACAGCAGCCGCCUUGAAAAAUACGAGAAAAGUAAACAGCUUCAUAAUUUAAUUUUUAUAUAAGAAAAAGUCAGGAACAAAUGCAGCUGACCAAAAACUCUGGGUGUUUUGGCUGUAUUAGUUUGAAACAUUCUCUCUCACAAUACAAUAAAGAUUGGUGGUUCUGGUUUGUUUUGAAAGCAGGAAGUGGGCCAGAGCCUAGGGCGAUCAGUCUCUCUACCCUCUACAUCCGAGAGCCAGUUCAGAGAAAAUUACUUUCUUUAUUUUCCCUCUUCAAACUGAAAAGGACUUUCAAGACAAUCUCUCUCCCAGGGACAUGCAUUAAAUACAUUAUGUUCCUAGUUUCCCAGGACUUUUGCAAUGUACUAGUUCUGAGAAAUGUCAUGAAUUGAGAUGAUCAACUUCUAGCCUUUUCUAUGCAAUACUAGGAGUAAUAUGCAAACACGUAUGGCUUGUGCAUGCAUACACACAAGCCUACAUGCACACGCCCAUUUACACACCACAGGCACCCACACGUGUGACCUGGAGUGGACAUAGACAAGAGGAUAUCUCUUAGAACAGGGGCCGCACUCUUCAACACAGCGGGGACAAUCUCUCCGUUCUCGUCUUUCUUACUGUAAGGUGAUUUAUCGUGUAAUAUAACAAGCCUUAACUUGAGCCCCUUAAAAUGUCUCCCAUAUUAACUGGACAUUAACCGUUCGGUCUUCUCCGCUCCUCUCUUCAUUAGCCAGAGAAAGCAGACAAGCCAAUCACGCAGCCUUGUCAGCCGCGGGCUGCGACAGGAAGGAGCUUUGUGUUUUAUGGGUGGUGUGCAUCAUAUGACGGGUGGUACAUGUUAUGGUUAUUAUGCUCUAUGGAUGGUCUAUCAAUUAGCUUUAUUGAAUAAAGGUGAUUUUAUACUGA